GGAGGCUCCCGAGGGUUGGCAGCUCCAGGCUGCGGGACGUUUCUCUGGGGAGGUCCGGCAGAGCCGAGCCGAGCCGUGCGGGGCCAGCCGGACAUGCUGACCUGGCCCGGCUGAGGCAGCCCCCGCCCCGCUGCCGGGAAUCGCAGCGUGUCCCGGGCUGGAAGCGAGCCGCGAGGAGCAUCAGCCCAGCCCGAGCCCCGGCACGGCACCCACCCGGCAUGGAGCCCGCUCCCGAGGGGAAGAGGAAUAGUUUCCCCAGCAUGAACUUUGAAGCAGAGAUUCUGACAACACCACACGAUAAUUCAGAGCUCUACAUGAUCCCUUCCAUGAGGAGCCUCACGGCUGAGGAGUAUGUGGAGGCCUUUAAGUCAUUCUUGGAGCACUCAACAGAGCACCAGUGCAUGGAUGAGUUCAACAGGGAACAAAUGCCCACCAUCGUGGCUGGUCUGGGUGCUGGAAAAUCGACCCUCAGCGUUCUGGGAGUUGGGAGUGGCACAGGUGAGCAGGAUUUGAAAAUGAUCAGAAUACUGCAGGCUGUGCACCCAGGGGUCUUUAUUGACAAUGAGAUUGUGGAGCCCAACCCACAGCACGUGGCAGCUUACAAAGAGCUGGUGAAUCAAGCUCCAGACCUGCAGAAUGUUUCUUUUAUUUGGCACCAGCUCACUUCCUUGGAGUAUGAACAGCAGGUGAAGGAGAGAGGCACACAUAAGAAAUUUGACUUCAUCCAUAUGAUCCAGAUGCUGUAUCGUGUGGAGGAUAUUCCCAGUACUAUCAAGUUUUUCCACAGCUGCCUCGACCAUCAUGGUAAACUCCUGAUCAUAAUUUUGUCAGACAGCAGCGGCUGGGCCAGCCUGUGGAGGAAGCACAGGGACUGCCUGCCCGCCACCGACAGUGGCCACUACAUCACCUGCAGCGGCAUCACGGAGGUGCUGCAGGGGCUGGGGGUGCAGCACCGCGUCUACGAGCUGCCGUCGGGCUGGGACAUCACCGAGUGCUUCACCGAGGGGGACGCGGUGGGCGGCCGCAUGAUGGAUUUCCUGACGGGCACCAAGAACUUCCUGGGCACGGCCCCGGCGGCGCUGCGGCGGCGGCUGCGGGAGGCCCUGUGCCAGCCCGAGUGCAGCAGCACCAGGGACGGCAGGGUCAUCUUCAGCAACAACCUCAGCAUGAUCGUCGUGGACUCCUAGAGCCCGCAGCCCGCCUGGAAUUGUUUUUAACACCGUGCAGCCCGCCUGUGCUUUCGCUGGGACUUGCGCUGCUCUGUGGGGCCUGCGCGGCCUUGGCGGCCGGGGGUGGCAGCCCCUGGGCCGGCCCGGUACAGACCUGCUGCUCCACUGUGCCCGCGAUGCCUUCUGUGCCAGCCGGGUCGCCAGAAACUGGUUCCGUGUGAAGGCUGGCCUAGAACAGAGACUAGACAGAGCUAAAGAAUGAAGUAGGGAUUUAUUAGGAGGCCUCAAUGGAUCCACCUUGGGCAGCACAAGAGCCCAGCCAGGGCUGCACCCAAGGUGAACCAAAA